AUGAACUCCUACCGCAGAGCUUGUUCUGACAGUGUCGGCUCGUCUGCAUCUCGAGAUUCCCAAAAGUCUCGACAUAUGUACAGUUUCCGACGGAUGUCUGGCAUGUUUCACCAUACUCCUCACUCUCAGGCCACCAAUCCUCAUAAUUCGGAAGAAGGCCGGAGAAUGUACAAUCUUAAUGACACCACGAGCAGUAUAGCCGAGUCUUCAAUAUCAGAGGAUUACGAUGAUGUUAGCACCCUUGGGACUAUCCCAAGAACAUCAGGCAGAUCACGUGCCGCUACUGAUGUGGAGUUCAACAACGUGAGGUCAGUGAAUAAAGACCCAAACCAUACCUUGACCAGUCUUCCGUCUGUGUCGUCUCUUAAUUUAUUUAGAGCCCAUUCGGGCGAUUCCUCGAUCGAUUCCGCAGAUACUUAUUCGACAUUGAGAGGUAGAGAACGCAAACUGGGUAAAUUCUUCCCCAGAAAGUCGGCAGAGAAGAAUCAGACACCUUCUGGUGCAGACGACGACUCUUUUCGGUACUCAAAAGUUCCAUUGGAAAACUCUUAUGAGGGAACAACAGCCCCUUCUUCAAAUAAGGUGUUUCUGCCCCUGAAGACGGCGCCUACUACCUCUGGAGGAUUUGCAUCAAAAUUGAAACGUCACGAUAAUCUCUCGAUUCAGACCUCACUAUUGCCUUCUUCAAAUAGGGAUAUGAAAUCCCCUUUGGUGAGGACAUCAAAGGAAUUGGAAAGAAUUGCUGGAUAUUCUGACGCUGUGGCCGCUGACAGGUAUUCUAUGGCAAAUUCCACCUCCCUCCCUCCCAAAAGCUGGACUAAGUAUCGCUCACACCACUACUUACUACAUCCCCGAAAGGACUCUCUGAAGUCCUCCUCGAACUCGAAUUCUAAACUCUCUUUAGAUGGUGGGAGGGAGGCACUUUAUUCGUUCCAUCCAUCGGCCGUCAACACUUCUCUUUCUACUAGUGAUAUGCAUUCAGUUCUACAAGAACUACAGCAAUUAAACUUGGAUGGAAAUUCCAAAAAGAAUACUGCAAACGAUGUGUCGACACUAGCAGAAGACAAAGAUGCUAUAGGCGACGAGGCCUGGGCUAUAUUCUGCUCUUUGGUGAAGCCAAUCUUCCAUGGUGGAAGAUUAAAGGCACCAGUAGAAGAGAUAAACAAACUCGUCUACCUCUACAUGAAGCUCUGUUCAGGGUCGAGCUCAUACGACAGCAACGACAAUGUUAACUCUAGUACCAAUGAAAUUACUGAUGUGUCUCCUACUACCUCAGCCUUUUCUCCCCUAACUGCGCCGGUACCAAUAUUAAGCUCUACAUAUAGUAUGAAUACCUCUCCUGCGACUUCUUCUAUGAAGACUAUUACCCCUACACUUACUGGAUUCGGAAGAUACGGCAAGAUUGAAGAGAAGAUUACAAACUUUCUGCGAGUGGGAAUGUCGACUCUUAUGAACUUACUUUACUAUGAUGAACGUGAGAGGACGGUAAAAUUACGCAGCAUCAAUGAGGAUAGUCCUUCUAAACGCGCUAGAAAUCACUCAAACUCGCUUGGAAAUUCUCCAAAUACUGCCGUGUUUUCUACCAAUAUCAAUUUUGAGAAGAGCUGUUCGUUACUUUGGGAUACAUUCUAUGACAAGAUCUUCUUCUACCUUCAAGGCGUGUUCUUGCCUCUAGAAUCUGGUGCUGCUCUUUUUGAUGAUCUUUCCAUACAAUUUCCAACCGUUCCCACUAAUAUUCCGGUCUCUAAUAUCGCAUUAGCUUCUUUUAGGGAUAAUUUGGUCAUUCCGUUAUACGAGAUGAAUCGCCAUUCAGAAACGGAAAAGGAAAGAAGAGAACAUGACAGUAUGAUUUCCAGUAUCAAUAUUUUGAACACAAAUAGCUCGCUAUCUAGCCCCAUUGGAGAGAACACCCAUGCCGACGUUGACGGUUCUGGAAGUGCUAAUGACGAGGCAAUGAAGGAGAGUUAUUCGGUGAACUUGACUUUACUUCAGUGUUUCACUAUAUUGAAUGGUGUCCAGACAAACGACACAAAUCAAAAAAUAAUCGAGAACCUAAUGCAGCAAACAAGAGAAAAGUGCUUGAUCUACGAGUCGGCGGUGAAGGUGUAA